AUGCCGGAGCCUGAGCUUGUCGAUAUGUUGGACAAGUGCCAGGCCGGUGCCGAUGUCAGCCAGAAUGCAGAGAAAAUCUUCCAAAACAUCAAGACCCUCACUGCCCCCGAGACAAGAGUUUCGGACUUGAAGCUCAUCGUAGAGAAACUCUUCGUCCUGGGCGUCAGCGUUGUGACGACCCGGGAGUUCCUCAACUCCUUCAACGAAGCCUUGCGCGGCCUGGUCUCCUCCGAACCAGAAACUGUAACAGAAGCUGGUGCCUAUGCCCACAGAUUCAUCAGCGAGCAGUCCCCAGUACGCAACUCCCUUAUUGAGGGUCUCUGCACCUUAAAGGAAAUUAUCGCCGAAGCCCACGAAUCCCAAGAAGAGUUCGCCGAAGCAGCCAAAGUCCUCCUCGAGAUCCCGACCGACACAUCACAGCGGCGCCUUGACGAUGUGGGCAAGGCCCGUCUGUGGGUGCGCAUCGUGCGCAACUACCUCGAGGUCGACGACAGCACCAGCGCCGAGUCGUACCUCAACAAGCUGAAGAACAUCAUGCACAACGUCCCCGACGAGGAACUCAACCUGCACUUUCGGCUCAGCGUGGCGCGCGUCCACGACGCAAAGCGUGAGUUUCUGCAUGCGGCAAAAGCGUACCACGAUAUCAGCUUCAGUCCGGCCAUCGCUGAGGAAGAACGCCUGCACACUCUCGCCAUGGCGAUCAAAUGCGCGAUUCUUGCCCCUGCCGGCCCGAUGCGUAGUCGGGCGCUGGCGAGGCUGUAUAAGGAUGAGCGCUCUGUCCAGCUGGAGGAGUUCCCCAUAUUGGAGAAGAUGUUCCUCGACAGGAUCAUCACGCCUGCUGAAGUCGACAAGUUUGCGAAAGGCCUCAGCCCGCACCAGCUGGCUACCACGGCAGACGGGUCGACCGUGCUGGCCAAGGCCGUUGUGGAACACAAUUUGUUGAGUGUGAGCAGGCUGUAUAGCAACGUUGGGUUCGAUGAGCUGGGAUUGCUGCUUGGGCUGGCGCCUGAAAAGGCGGAGGAGACGACGGCCAAGAUGAUUGAGCAGGGCCGGUUGAGUGGGUCGAUUGAUCAGAUCGAUAGGAUUAUUUGGUUUGAAGGGGGUGAUGCGUCCGGGGAAAAGGGGAGCGGAAGGGCUGAGGUGCCGGUCGGCAAGGAGAUGCGCAAGUGGGACAGCAACGUGCAAGCGUUGGCAGAGGAUUUGGAGAAGUUGACUGAUGCGCUGCAGGCCGAGUUUCCGGAGUUUGUGGCGGCAAGGAUUGCGGCUUAUUAG